CUAUCGUGCAUCGUCACCUGGGUCUUAGAUGGCAGGCAACCAUUCGUACAGAACGUGAUACUCCAGUUGCCGACAAUGUAAUUGUUAAAUUGACAAAAUUGUUCUGCCAAGCUGCCAAGAUGGAAGAUGGUGAACAAUUGUUGUGGUCAAAAAUAUCCCAAGUGUUUUUUUGAAGAUACUGUGAAAAUGUUAACAAUAUCCGAUAAGAAAACAUUCAAAAAUUGGCCUCAUGAACUCUUAAAAAUGAAUGCAUCAAUGUUUAUUAGUUAAGACGUAAGUUACACCUCAAUUCAAGAUGUUCAACAGUAGCUUGUUAUACGAAAAGAGGCCCCUGAAAAGACCUCGAAUCGGUCCUCCUGAUGUUUAUCCUCAGGAGCCUAAGCAGAAAGAGGAUGAGCUCACCCUCACAAGCGUUAAACAUGGAUUUCCUACCAUGACACACCUCAGUGAUGAGUUUGGAACUGCCAGAAAUUGCAAUGUAAUUGCAAGCAAGGUGGGAGCAUAUUUCAAUGCUAUCAUUGCACGCAAAGAAGAAUUGUCCAUGCUCCCUGAUUCAGGAAGAAAAAGACAGCAAAUCAAUCCUAAGGACAAUUUUUGGCCAGCUACAAUAAGGACAAAAAAUCAUAUAGAAGCAUGGUUCAAAGAUCUUGCAGGAAAUAAACCUCUUAUGAAUCUAUCAAAAAAAGCUCCAAACUUUAACAAAAAAGAAGAGAUAUUCAUGAUGCUAACUGAGCACCAGGUUCCUAUGAUUAGAGCUGCAUGGUUCAUCAAACUUAGUUCAGCAUAUACUGUAGCUGUAUCUGAAGCAAAAAUAAAAAAAAGACAAAUGCCAGAUCCUACAACAGAAUGGACUGGUACAUUGCUGAAGUUCCUCAAAGACCAAAUACCCAAAUUGCAAGAAUUCUACUCUCAGACUGAAAAAACACCUAACCCUAACACACCUUUAAAUUCAGUACAUGCCAAUGAGACAGAACAAAAACUAGCCUUAAGGCAUUGGAAUUAUUGCACUAAACUUCUCAAGUAUAUGUAUGAGGAAGGUCUGAUGGAUCGCCAAGAGGUCCUGACUUGGAUCAUUGAGCUUCUAGAAAAACAAAAAUCCCAACCAUCUGAUGAUGGCAUUCUAAGGAUUUUCUUACCAUUAACUUUGCAAUAUCUGGACGAAUUUGUGCAAUCAGAGCUGCUUUCACGGCGUCUAGCAAACCUCUGUACCAAAAGACUGAGUCAGAUGUUGAACAAUGUGGCUGAUAACAAUCUCAUGACAUCUCCAGCUAGUGAUACCAAGAGUGAACAAAAAGAUGGUGAUAAGGAGAAAAAGGAGAAUAUACCACCUAAUCCUAUUCAAACAUCUUUGAUGGAGUACCAAAACUGUCCACAUCAUCGAGAUAUUAUCUUGCAGCUAAGUACAGUGAUUCAAGUGAUAACGCUGGAAUGCCCCACUGCCUUAGUCUGGUGCGGCGCCGGAUCUGGCACUGUUUGGCACGGAUCCCCUCUCGACCAUUUGGCGGCACCGCCGUCGGCGUUGCCAACUCCGCGACGUGCCGGCAAUGUUUCCAAUUACGGCCGGCAGGUGGCGCGCGCGGAAGCGGCUGUACGGGAACGAAGUCGACGAGCGGAAGGCAGGUGGUGUACUGAUAGGUGGCAGAAUAAUAAUGAUGGAGUUAUCACAACGAGAGUCUUAGCUGCCUUAGACGCGUUAGACAGACAUCGCUUCGACAAAAUGGACGCAGCAAACUCUUUGGACACUCUGUAUGCUAAAGUCUUCACGGGCCCGCUAGAUCAGGACGCACCUGUGGUGCGUCUCUUGUGCGAAUGGGCAGUGUCGCCAGAGCGUACAGGUGAACACAGGGCAUUGGCUGUUGCCGCGCUGUUGGAUCGCCGCCAAGCAGACGUUGCGACAACUACUGGAAACACUGGUAAUGGGGGAGGGAAUGUAGGAGCUGAGCAAGAUGCAGGAGAGGGGGAAGAAUCCAGUUGUAGCACACCUGGCGGGCCGCCUCCGUUUCAGAGUUUCCUGAUGGGUUUUCUAGACAGAGAUGCUCCUGUACCAUCUGCAGAUGAUUGCCAAUCAAAAAAGACUGCAUUUUCUAAUCUUGUACACCUGUUUGCGGAACUGAUACGGCGCGAUGUGUUUUCCCAUGAUGCUUAUAUGUGCACAUUAAUAUCAAGAGGAGAUCUUUUGGGACAUGAAGAGACCACAGACACUAUAAACAACCAUCAUCGAACGAAAAUUGAGCCUAUGGACUAUGAUGACGCUAACAUUGAUCACGAUCUGGACAAGAUUUUGCAAAAUAUCAAAGAUGAACAGCAGAAUUCCAUGGAUGUGCCUGACAGUCCAAAAGAACAUGAUCACAGUCAUCAUCCCCAUGCACCGUCACAUAUGGGACAUGCUACCAUCGAAACGGAUCAUGACGGACAGAAGGUGAAACCAUCUAGGCAUCUACUAUACACGACUCAUUUUCCUUUGAGUCAAGAUGAUCCAUUUUCACAGCAUGAUUGCAACCAAAGACAUGUAUUGUUGUAUGGGGUUGGAAAAAUUAGAGAUGAAGCUAGGCAUACCGUGAAGAAGAUGUGGAAGGAAAUCUGCAAACUGUUUUCAAAGAAAUUCAGUAUAGACGUUGCAGAAGGUGGUAAAGUCAAAAAACAUUCCAGAAACGAGUUCAACUUCGAGGCCACGACUCAAAAAUGCCAAAGUUUGAGCUAUUUCGAUCAACACGUCGUCACAUAUCAGUGCAGUGUUACCGUCAUAGAAAUGUUGAAUUCCUUUGCUACAGGCAAUUCGAACUAUUUGCCUGUGCAGGAACACGUCGCUUUCCUUUUUGAUCUCAUGGAGUUAGCUUUGAACAUUUACGGAUUGAUAGACGUCUGUAUUCAGAUCUUGAAAGAAUUACCUGAAGUGGAGACUCAACUGUACAACAAAAAUUCUAUACUGAGUAGGAACUAUACGACGUCGUUGAGUUUGUAUGUUGUGGGAGUUUUGAGGAGAUACCAUUGUUGCCUAUUACUGUCACCAGAACAAACAACAGCUGUUUUCGAAGGUCUAUGCAAGGUGGUAAAGCAUGUGACUAAUCCAGGAGAUUGUAGUUCUGCAGAAAGGUGCAUAUUGGCGCAUCUGUAUGACCUGUAUUCGUCAUGUAGUCUGCUCAAGUCUAAACCACAUACUGUUGAACCGUUCGGAAACGCGUAUCCCAAAAUUAAGCAAGCUUUAUAUACGGCAUUGCAACCAACGCCAAACAUGUACGUGUAUAAUGCUCAGUAUAUGCAGGAACUAUUUUUGAACCCUAAGAGAGCUGGAAGGAUAGACAGCGCCACUGCCAAACAGUUGAACGAAAAUGGAAAUAACAGAUACUCGUUUGUCAGUAAUGCUGUGAUCCAAGUAUGCAGAGAAACUGACAAUGAAAGACUGAAUGAUAUAGCGAUAAUGUGUGCUGAGAUGACAGCGUGUUGUAACUCCUUGGCUUCUGAAUGGCUGGGAGUAUUGUUGGCGCUUUGUUGUCCCCUAUCACACCCUGGUUAUUACUCUGAUGUUCUGAAUCAGCUAGAUAUACAGGAUCCCAGUAUUCACAACGCUUUGGCAGUAUUUACAUGCAUCCUUAUAGCUAGACAUUGUUUUUCCUUGGAAGAUUUUGUAGGUAGAGUAGCUCUACCUAGUUUGUUAAAGGUGAAAUCUUUGGAUAAUGGUGAAGCACGGGCGGAAGGUGGGAUGCGCCUUACAUGUCAUUUAUUGCUGAGACUAUUUAGGACUGCUGAAGGGCCUCAACCGGGACUGUACUCUGUCGGAUCUCCUUCUAUUACCACGCCAAGACCUCCUCUAGGCGUUAGACUUAGUUGUGACAGGCAUCUGCUGGCGGCAGCUCACAGAAACAUCCACCUGGGUCCAGUUUUGGCUGUACUAAAAGCAGUGUUAAUAGUGGGAGACGCAACAGCGAAAGAGGGUGCAGAAUUGAGCCUUAGCAACAUUUUGGGCACUAGCGAUCUACAUACCGGCGCUGAUGGGCCUAAUUUGGACUUACCUUGAAUUUUGCAACGAUUUCUUUUUCCAUCCAGGACAAACGCGGAUGUGUGCGGCUCAAGGACGACACAUAGGCAAUCUAGUACAGGCAACGCAGAAAGUACCGCAACUUUAUCGGCCUUCGCAAACCACGUGCUGCGAGAGAUAUGUUCUCAACAAUGGGUUCUGGAAACGUGUCUGUGCCACUUGGAAGAACUGUGCGACAUGGACAACCUCUUGGACCCGCUUUUAUCGCAUUCACAGGCUCAGAGAUUACUCCGAAUGAUCUGCUACCCGGACGCUGCAGCGGGAAUUGAUGGAUUGGAUCAGAAGGCUAUGAUCAACAGGAUAUUGGAGAAUCUUGACAUGUGGACAUUACGAAUGUCUUGGUUAGACCUCAACUUGAUGUUCAGACAGCUGAGUCCAAACUCUCAAGAGCUUUCUCAGUGGUUAGAUACAGUCGCUAAAGCUGCAAUAGACGUGUUUCAACUGAACGCUCCUUACGCCUCGCCGAAACACGACGACAAGAAAAAUGAGAAGAAACAAAAUUCAAUAUGGCUGGUGGCCCCUUUGGUGUCGAAACUUCCUAGCGCCGUCCAAGGGCGAGUACUAAAAGUAGCAGGGCAGGUACUGGAAAACGGCGGCUGGUGCUCCGAUCAACAACAGCAACAAUCCCAGCAACCGCCUCCCAAGAUAAGAAUGCGCAGCUGUUUGGGAGGGGAUGGUGGCUCUGCACCUGCUACACAUAGGCCUUUCCUCUCAUUGGUGCUUACGUGUCUUAAGGGACAGGAGGAGGGACAACGAGAAGGAUUACUAUCCUCUUUGCAGCAACAGCUGUCUCAGUUGGUCCAAAUGGCGAAAGAAGGCAACCUCCAAGAGAUCCUCGACAACGAACGCACCCUAGACGGUCUUCAGUUGCGAUUCGCCCUGGUUGGUGGCGUUUUCGACGCUUUUCAACGCAACCCAUCCGCUACAACCGAUUGGGCUUUGCUGUUGGUUCAACUGGUCACGCAUGGACUUAUUGAUCUGCACACUCACAGUGAUCUUUUCACUGUGGUUGUAGAUAUGCUUGCUACUCUCGUGCACUCUGCCAAAGCUACUGAUAGUCAAGAUGACAGCAAGAAAAUGUACCCGAACCUAUUGAAGAAAUUGAAAAAGGAAGUCGGUGAACGUCAAGGUGCUUCCUUACAGCAUAUCAGGCAGUUGCUUCCACUGCCAAGACUUACUACAGAGAUUAUAGCCGUAGAACCGCUAAGCAGUAAGAUGAAGAACGGCUUUGACAGUGCUGAUAAAAAGCACGAUCUUCAGGUGACGGAUAAGCAGCGAGUGAGCAACUGGGACAUCUUGGAAGGUAUGAAAAACCCAGCGCCCUUAUCAUGGGCAUGGUUUGGCGCCGUACGGCUUGAACGAAAACCACUCACAUGUGAAGACACCCACCGAUUGCUCAAGUUCCAUACGCACAAUAUGCAGAAACCACCUGCGCAUUAUCUUGACCCACCACCCUUGCCGCCUGAAGACCUGGAACCUAUUCCUGAUAAACCCGUGGACACUCCUUCUUCAGUAGACCAGUCCCCAAUGGGAGGUUGUGGGAGCGUUGGUAGUGCUAGUGGAAGUACAGCGAAAGGAAGGGGCAAAGGUCAGCGUAAGCCGCGCAAGCCGAAGAACGCUGCGGGUGCCGCUGGAGCAGGAGCAGGUCCGAUGGGUCACGCCGCAGCCAUGGCAGCCGCUCUAGGCGGUCAAGGCCAACCGAUGGGCGGCCAAGGGCAGCCACCGAUGGGCGGCGGCCCGCCGGGCGGCCAAAUGGGACAUGCGGCAGCCGCAGCAGCUGCAGCAGCCGCCGCGGCUGCCAUGGGCUAUGGCCAGCCUCCUAUGCAGCCCCAACAGCCCGGGCAGCAGUACCCUGGAGCAGGUGCGACGCAACAGGGAUGGUACGGGGCGGGGGCCGGGAAUCCGCAGCCGGGACCGGGAGGGUACUAUCCACCUAUGGGUGCUCGAUUCGAUCGUCCUGCUCAACAAAUCAAUCCUUCAAAACAAGCUUUGUCUCAUAUGUUACGGUCGAGACAUCCACCAAACAGUUUCAUGCCUGGUAUGCAGAACAAUCCAAAUGCUGGACAGCAACCUGGCAACUACGGACAAAUGCAGCGAGGGUUCCCAAGACAGCCGUUGCGGCAGCCCCAUCCCAAUUCUAUGCAACCAACUCAGGGCGUCUUAGCCCAGCAAUACAGCUCGAUGCAAGCGGCCGCCGCGGCAGCUGCAGCAGCUGCGGCGGGUGGCAUGGGCGGCGGUCCUCAGGGCGGCUAUGGGGGGUACGGUGCAGGUGCGGGCGGCCAGGCGAUGAUACAAGGCGCUGGCGGGCAGCAACAAGCGGGUAUGUUCGGCGGACCGGGACCCGGAGGGGCGGCGCAGCAUCAGGGCGGCUUCGGGCAGCAGGUCACGGCAAGAGGGGCGGCUGGUGGCGCGGGUGCUGGUGGGCAGCCGGAUUACAGACAAGCGAUGGGACAGCAACGACCGCCCUAUAUGCAGCAGGCCCCUAACGUCACUAUGAAUGCAGGGAUGGCAGGUAUGCCAGGAAUGGGUGGACAAGGCGGCCCCCCAGCGCCGCCGUAUUCCAGGGGACCAGCGGGACAAGGAAUGCAGCCGAACGUGCAAAAUCAGUCACAGUUCCAGCAACAACAACAGCAGAGGAUGAGAUUCAUGGCACUGCAACAGCAACAACAACAACAGCAGCAAGGAGGACCUCAGGGUACUUCUCCAGCUCUAGUAGCGCAUCUGCAACGACAACAAAUGAAUCCAAACCCCUAUCAUCAACCUCCUCCAUACUAAUUUUCACUUGCAGAUAUCAAACGUUUUAUCUAUAUAUUUUGUUUUUUUAAUGGUUUCGUCCAAAAGGUAACUACUGUUGAAAUGUAAUUUAUGUAAUUUUUAAAAAAUAUCAUAAUUCUGUUCAAUAUGUUCAGAGAAGCAACAUGAAAAAUUCUGUGUAUUGUUGGCACCAAAUGAUGCCUAGGUGUUGUGAGAGAUCAGUCACAAAUCACACCAUAAUUAUAGAAACCUAAAAAGUGAAUUAUACUUAUGGAUAAACAAUUUUUUGAAGCCCUGAUCCUAUGUGAUUAUUCCAAUUUUGUGUAACUACGUGUAUUAAUUUUAACGACAUAUACAUAUAUUUAUUUUUUAUGUAUCAGUUUUGAAAAUAUUUAUAGUAAAUAAAAUUUAUUUCCAUUAUUA